GUCAAAAGGCAUCAUUGAAGACCAUAAUAAAAAUGUAGCAUGGUACUCUAUUGUCCGCUCCCUCCGUAGAGUGACACGUCGCACACAGACACACAGUUGUUGUCGUAAAGAGUAGCUUCUUACAACGACACGUCACUCAAUCGGCCAAGCAUGGAAGAGCGAAACUCAAUGUUGGUGCCGUUACGGCCAGCCUACGGCGGCGAUCGGUUGUCCAAGAACACCGAACUGGCCCUUGCGUCGCCACCCACAACCGCCAUCAUCAACAUCACUCCUCGGAUCAAACUCCCUCCUGGCUGGGGUGUUGAAGAGGUGCUUCGCCCCAAUGGCUCCCACAUUGACAGGUAUUAUUAUGAGCCAGGGACUGGGCGAAAAUUCAGGUCAUCUAAAGAAGUUGAGAGACACUUGAAUGGAGAAGAAUAUCCUCGGCGCAGGAGGAAAUUGACACUGCACAAUCGUAAAUCUGGGUGCCAGAGGAUGAUUGUUUCUGGUGGAAAGAUGUUGAAACUAGGUAAAGAAAUAGAUCGAAAUCAAUUGGCAAUGAUGGUUUCCAGAAGCGCUAAAGCCUCCCCAUACUUUAAGCUUCCUGAUGGGUGGAUUGUGGAGAAAGUACCCCGUAAAUAUGAUGGAACGAUUGAUAAGUACUACUACGAACCUGAGACUGGGCGGAAGUUUCGGUCCCUGGUUUCGGUUGAGAGAUACCUGGCAGAAUUGGAAGGAGAUGAUGUCCUCUUAUCAAAGGCUCUUGCAGAAAUAAAGGAAAAUAAACUCAUGUCGAAAGUUUUUCAACUGGACAAUCACAUAGAGAACUCUAUUCCGAGAACGGAAAACAUUUUUGGAGAUAUGAAAGUGUCUUCAAUUGUUGGCCCGCCAAUGAAAGUCAAUUGGGUUCUUGCAAGUCCGCAUGGAGAUGCAUGGAAUCCUAUAAUCUCUGAUAUGUCUAUUCCAGAUUCUGUUAAGCAGCAAUGGACAAAAAGAUUUAUGCAAAUAAUGAAUGACGGAGGUCUGGAUUCACCAAAUUCCUCUGCAUAAAGCGACGACUCCGUGUUCAAGUGACGACAUGUAGUCUUGAAACACUGGAAGAAUGCUUGAUGUUCAAGUGACGACAUGUAGUCUUGAAACACUGGAAGAAUGCUUGAAUGGCUUCGCUGCUGUAUUUACUACUUACUACCUAGUCUUUUGUACAUUCUUGAAAACGCCCCUCUCCACCCCGUUGCACUAAUAGCAACUCAAUGAUGUAAUAGAGUCCGUCUGGAACUUUUGAUCUACUGAGAGAUCAACCUUGUAAUGUGAGUUGUAGUGUAAACAUAAGCGAGUUAUGUCACCACAAUAGAAUACAACUUGUAACAUCUCCCAAAAACCAGACAUCUUUUAUAGCA